AUGUUCGGCCAUAUCACCAGGGCUGCUUCGCGCCCAGCUGUUGCUGCGGCAGCUGCAGCGGCUGCUGCAAAUGCUGCGCAGGGUUCUGUUCAGGCUCGGGCGCCACCACAGGGUGCGCGUCAAGCUGGAGCGCAUCCGCCUGUCCACAGCAAAAUUGUCGACCGUGAUACCGAGGAUUGGAUUAUGGCCGAACUGAAGGACGAGGUGGUUCUUUUCCAGCCCUUUGAUGGCAGGGAGGUGGAAGAGGCCGCCAGCACCGUCAUGACGCUCUGGGCCGGCAGGGCCCCCAGCACGCCCCGUUCGGGCCCCAUAAUCACCGAGCCCGGUGAGGACGCCGACGGCGGCAGCAGCAGCUGCGGCGAGUAUGGCGAUGACCUGUUUGCCAAUGCCGUGAUUGAGGCGGCGGCUGCUGCCAAUGCAGACGCUGUAGCUCAGGGUCGUAGCAAGGAUAGGGAACAGCUGGAGAGCCUCAUGGCGAUUACGACGCGCAUGCUGAAGCGCCCAGGCCUGCAGCGUGAGGUGGUGAUGUGCAUGAUGGAGGAUUCGGAGGUUCGCGACCUCAUGCUGCGGCAGUGCACCGAUCUGGACCGCUACCUGCUAGCUGCUGGCAUCCACAACCCCGCGCUGCUGCCACCGCCACCUUCGGAGAGCCUGGAGAUUGGAAACCCGGAGGGCGACAGGAGUGCGAGGGCGGGCGCUACGGACACGCCGACGCCCAAGAAGUCGGCUUCGGCCAGCUCUCGCGGCUCCCCCCUAAUUUCCCGCCUUGUGGGUGUUGUGGCAGGCGCCUUGGAGCGGGCUGGCGAUGUGCUGGCGUCACUGGGCAACUGGCUCCGAAGGCAGGUGCUGGCUGCAUUCCCGCAGGAUGACGACGGGGACGAGCACGCUGCGGCAGAGGCUUACGAGGGAGGCAGCGGCCCACGGGGCCAGCGCACAGCCAACCAGGUACUUGGUGGCGUGAUGGUUCUGGUGGUGGCGGUGUUCUGUGUGGCUGUCAUUCGCCGGCCGCUGGUGCUGCACGCGUUGCGCCGCCGAUAAAAAAACAUUUUGCUUUGCAGUUUCCCUUCGCCCUGUUCAUCCAUGGGCUUCAAGGGAAAAACGGCUUACGACACACAAGAUAGGGAAAAGACUUGUAUGGGCUCUUAAGGAUCAGAGAGGCUCUGUUCGCAUCCGAGCCCGAGGGGCCAAAUACUGUUUGUAGUGGGCUUGGUCUGGUGUGAUGCGCCGAUUUGACGGUGUUGAUCAUGUCAUGGCGAUGUCCGAUCUAAUAUUUUUCAGUUGUGUUCUAUAAGCUGUGUACGAUAACUUGAUGUGCCAUGUAUGUUCGGCCAAUUACUGAUCCACAGCCAGACAGCGACUCAGGCGCAAGGACACACUUGGCUCUCACUUGGCCGCGGCGCAGGUUUGGCUUUUGUACAAUUUUGUGUAAGAUGGCGGUGGAUGUCCUUUGUUGGCUCCUAGAAUGUUGCAUGGGCGGUAAUGCCAGGGUAAUGCCCUUGACGUUGUGACGAUACUGCGACGGCAGCGUUGUUGAGAGGGCGUCCUUCCCCGUUUCAGGAGAGGUUUGCUGCGGAUAAAUUUUCGGGGGCAUCUUCUGCACGUGUGUACUUUUCCAAGUACUAAAGAGAGCAAACACGGCCACACACCUCUGUGCGCGUUUAUUGUAAUACAUAGCGUAAAGCUAGCUAGUCGCAUAGCAAUGUCUUCAACCGUUAUUAUGCUGACUUCCUCGGAAUUUAGCAUAGUUUGGUUGAGUGUAUUUUAAUAGCAUCGUAGUAUGUGUGUAUUUCCGGCAUGACCGUAUGCAUAUGUCGUGCUGCAUACGUCAUGGGGGAUGCUGUUUGUGUUGACUUAAUCUAACCUCUCAACUUCUCCGUCGUCCUUUUGACGAGAUUAAAAAUCAGGCGGAGGUUGGGGGACGGGUGUAGGGCCUGGGAUUUGUACGGCGUAACAACAUGUAUGUAUACAUGUUUCCACAAAUUGAUAGCGCACGUUGCAAAAUCCUCCUUUGAUUUGGCGCUUUUGUCGUUCAUAAAGUUGAUGUUUAGUAAAUGUAAUUCUAUCACCCC